AGACUCUGUGUAAGCACAUUCGUCAGUCAUUAACACAAUUUAAACAGAACCUCCACCAUCCCUGCUCUUUAUUAUUCAGCAUAUCUUCUCUGAGGUGGAAACAGAGGAAACACGUAUUUACUUUGACCAUGGUGAAGACGCUUUUCCUCUGCUUUGUGUUGAUCUUCCUCUGGGCUUCACAUGCUGGCUGUAUGUCAGUUUUUCAUAGCCCUCCACAAGCACACAUGCUCCUGCGCUCCAGAAGAGCGAACAGCUUUCUGGAAGAACUCAAGCCUGCAUCUUUGGAGCGAGAGUGUAUUGAGGAGCGGUGCGACUUCGAGGAAGCUAGAGAGAUCUACCAGACCAGAGAGGCCACGCUAACGUUCUGGACGGUGUAUACAGACGGGAACCAGUGCAUCCCAAAUGCCUGUGAGAACGGAGUUUGUGUGGAUCAGUUCCAGAAGUACAUUUGCAUCUGCAACCCUGGCUAUGAAGGAAAACGCUGUCAUCUGGUUAACUCACACACCAACUGCUCGGUGGACAACGGAGGCUGUGACCACAACUGCCACGAGAUAAAGGACAAGCUCGGACGCUACUGCAGCUGUAUUAAUGGAUACGUGCUCCAGGAAGACUCCAAACAGUGCGUUCCAAAAAGUCAGCAGUCUUGUGGACAGAUUCUGAUCCUUAAAUCGAUCUACAGAUCGAAGCCCAUUGUAGGUCUACAGCCUUGGAUCAUGGGGGGUGAAGUUGGAAAAAGGGGAGAGAGUCCUUGGCAGGCUCUUAUAUUGAACUCCAAAGGAAAAUUUCACUGCGGUGGCGUCCUGCUUGAUGAAGUCUGGGUUCUUACUGCUGCUCACUGUCUCGAGGGAUUCAGCCUCUUCUCAGUCAGACUGGGUGACUACAAACGUUUCGAGAUCGAAGGAUCCGAGGUCACCCUUUCCGUGGUGAAAACCGUCCCACAUCCAAAAUACAGUAGACUAACGAUGGACAACGACAUAGCUCUGCUGCGCUUAAAGUUGCCCGUAACAUUCAACACGUACAUCGUUCCUGCGUGUCUGCCGAGUCAAGAUCUGGCCGAGCGCGUGCUCCACCUCAAUGGCACAAUGACGGUGGUGACAGGCUGGGGCAAAGAAAAAGAAGGGACAAUCCCAUACAGCUCAGAUCUCAAACACAUCAACGUGCCACUGAUGGACCAAUCCGAGUGCGGGCACCACAUGGUCAACAACCUGACGGAGAACGUGUUGUGCGCCGGCAGAAUCGGGAGCAUCGAGGACGCAUGCAAGGGUGACAGCGGCGGCCCGAUGAUGACGCUGUACCGCAACACGUGGUUCCUCAUCGGCCUCGUAUCCUGGGGUGAGGGAUGUGGCCGCACGGACAAACUGGGCAUCUAUACCAAAGUCUCCAACUAUCUGGAGUGGAUCGAUAGCGUGAGGAAGCAGCCGUGAUCGAAUCCCAUUGGUCCAACUCUCAUCUGCAUAUCAUAUCAGAUUUAGUUCUGUCUUUAGUUAGGCAUAAGCCCUAUUCGGAUGGGAUUAGUUUUACGUGGGAACGUGGAGUAGUGCAAUUUUACCUCAGGACGUCUGUAAUAUUAAUUGGCCAAUUCGCACGGGAAAAGACAUCUCAGUAAAACUAGCAGAAGUGGGAGGGGUAACUCGCUUUACGCACCACAGUAACCUCCUUGUCGUCAUGUGCGUAUGACGUUGCUUCCUGUUAUCAUGUGCGCAAACAGACAACAUGGCGCCUCCAUGCUUGCAAAACGCGCCAAAAACUACUUUUAAACAGGAAAUGACGGAAUUUUACUGUACAUAUUUACAGCGGGUCUAUUCGGACGGGAUUAGUAUUACCUGAGGUAAUUUUUCCGGACCUUUUUACAGAAGGUAAAAGUCGCCGUAAUCUUUACUGACAUUGUCCGUAAUGAUUACCGAGAUGGCACAUUCGGACGAGACUAAAAUCACACAGAAGCUCUGGUAAUAAUUACUUUACCCCCACGUCCCCACGUAAAACUAAAAUCCCGUCCAAAUAGGGCUAUAGACGUGAAAACUUGUUAACUGGCUGUUUGAAGACAAUAAUUAGACUCUCAGGCAGUGCAACUAUGAAUUAUUAAGACUUUAGUCCCUUGGAUCAUUCAUGUCCGUGCUUGCUUCCCUCGUCUUCACCCUACAUUACAAGCCAAAUGACCUACUGUUUUUUUCCCUAAUAAAAUGUGUUUUUAAACCAAAUUAACAAA